GCUCCAAACUUUGUUUAUGGGACAGUCGGGGAUCCGCGGCAGCCGCUUAGUCUGCUUCACCUCCGCCUCCUCACGGAGCGCGAGCGCCUGAGGCCAGUUCGGGGGAUGUGAGAGCCGAAGCCCCUAGGCUGCCAGGCACCGAGUUGGGUCGGAAUUUGCCAGCCGGGCCCCGGCUCCAGCCCUGCAAGUUCGGAACGCACCCGAGUGACCCAGGCCCGACUGCGGUUCGGGCGGAACGGCGGCCGCCGCACGCCCAGACUCGGCUUCUCUGCGCGCCCAGAAGAUGAAUCCGGCCUCGGCACCCCCUCCGCUCCCGCCACCCGGGCAGCAAGUGAUCCACGUCACUCAAGACCUAGACACGGACCUGGAAGCCCUCUUCAACUCCGUGAUGAACCCCAAGCCCAGCUCUUGGCGGAAGAAGAUCCUGCCUGAGUCGUUCUUCAAGGAGCCUGACUCCGGCUCGCACUCGCGCCAGUCGAGUACCGACUCGUCCGGUGGCCACCCCGGGCCCCGGCUGGCCGGUGGCGCCCAGCACGUCCGCUCGCAUUCGUCGCCCGCUUCUCUGCAGCUGGGCACUGGCGCGGGUGCUGCUGGCAACCCGGCGCAGCAGCACGCGCACCUCCGCCAGCAGUCCUAUGACGUGACCGACGAGCUGCCCCUGCCCCCCGGCUGGGAGAUGACCUUCACGGCCACUGGCCAGAGAUACUUCCUCAAUCACAUAGAAAAAAUCACCACAUGGCAAGACCCUAGGAAGGCGAUGAAUCAGCCCCUGAAUCAUAUGAACCUCCACCCAGCUGCCACUUCCACACCAGCGCCCCAGAGGUCCAUGGCCGUGUCUCAGCCGAAUCUCGUGAUGAAUCAUCACCAGCAGCAGAUGGCACCCAGUUCCCUGAGCCAGCAGAGCCACCCUCCUCAGAACCCGCCAGCAGGGCUCAUGAAUAUGCCCAAUGCGCUGACCACCCAACAGCAGCAGCAGCAGAAACUUCGGCUUCAGAGGAUCCAGAUGGAGAGAGAGAGGAUUAGGAUGCGCCAGGAGGAGCUCAUGAGGCAGGAAGCCGCCCUCUGUAGACAGCUCCCCAUGGAAGCCGAGACUCUGCCCACAGUUCAAGCUGCCGUCAACCCACCCGCCAUGACCCCGGACAUGAGGUCCAUCACUAACAAUAGCUCAGAUCCUUUCCUCAAUGGGGGACCAUAUCAUUCAAGGGAGCAGAGCACCGACAGUGGCCUGGGGUUAGGCUGCUACAGUGUCCCCACGACUCCAGAGGACUUCCUCAGCAACGUGGAUGAGAUGGACACAGGAGAAAAUGCAGGACCCACACCCAUGAACAUCAAUCCUCAGCAGACCCGUUUCCCUGAUUUUCUUGACUGUCUUCCGGGAACAAAUGUUGAUCUAGGAACUUUGGAGUCUGAAGAUCUGAUCCCUCUCUUCAAUGAUGUUGAGUCUGCUCUGAACAAAAGCGAGCCCUUUCUAACCUGGCUGUAAUCAAUACCAUUGUAGCUUGGAUGCAGCCGUGACCUGACAUUUCCUGGGCCUCUUGGAAAACAUGAUGGAGCAGAGCAAGUCUGCAGGUGUGCUGCUUUCUGCCUCCAUGACGCAUGCUCCCUCCUUUCCUUGUGGCCAGUUUAAUCAUUGCCUGGAUUUGAUUGACAGUAACUUAAGUUCAACCCAAAUAAACAUUCUAGUUUCAUUUUCUGCAAGCCUGCAUUCCUGUGAUGGCUUAAGCAGAAUUGUUUCUGCAGAGUUAAUUAUGCAGAAUUGCUUCUCUGCUUUUCUCUCUGCUGCCCCAUGACUAAGCUUUAUGGGUGUUAGUUGAAAUUUAUACAUCAAUUAAUUAUAAACCAUGAAGAGCUGACCACAAGCAGUGACAGGCGGCUCGGUCCAGGAAAUGUACACAAAAUUAGACCUGAUUUACAGUUUCAAAAACUGUAUUGAUGACCUUAGUACCAGAUGCUUUAAAAAAAUAUUUAACUUGAGCUUUAAAAAUCAUUGUACGGAUAGUAAAAUUCUGCUGUUUGGAAUACAAUGUAGUAUUGAAUCCGUGCUAGUUCUGGUAGUUCUUCUUUGUAUUUACAAAGGCGCAUGCAGUCCCAUUGCAGUUUCUCCUUCUUCAUUUUACUGCACAGCAUCUAAAUAACUAAUCCUUUCAGCAGGAGAGUAACGGCAGCAUUAGUCACAGUUCCUACUCUAAGAUCUUAUGAAAGAAACCUGUUUGGUACUCAUUAUGAACAUUUAUUAGACAGAAGUUUUGAAAAUUACAAGUUGGAUUUUUUUUUUUAAAUUGCAGCUUAGACCUUGAUGUUUAUUUUGUCAAGCACUAUCAUUUCGUAGCUGAUGACAGAGGGCAGCCGAAUGUUUUUGAUAAAUCAGUGGCAACUGAAUUUUUGCCUUUUGAAACUAUCCUAAAAACAUUAGGACAACAUAGCUUUCAACCUGAUGGCACACACAGUAAGCUGUCACUUUUUUAAAUGCUGAAGCCUUUGAUCGGUUUUGCUUCUUUCAAGAUUUGAGGUAUUUAAAAUCAUUUUAUCUAUGAAACUGUUUGAAGGAUGAAGCAGAUCUCUGACUGACAUGUAAAAAUAUGCCACCUGAGGGUGUAUGGUGGAGACAUGUUUCUGAAGUCAUUACAGUUGAUUCCUAAGUAUAUUAUCCUAACCCUGUUUGCUACAGUUGGUAUAAAAAGGCCUGAAAUAUGUACUCAAUACCUCUUAUGUAACCAAAACCAUUUUUUAUUAGCUUUUAAGGACUGAGAGGGAGCAUCGGGUUCACCGGGCGUGUGCUCUGCCUGCAUUGCCAAUGAAGUCCUCAACUGUUUAAUAUUUUGACAUUAUUUAUAAUCUAUGAAUUUAAUAUCUCUUUUGGAAAGACAUUAAUACUGCAGGUCUCUGAGAGGAACCUUCCCAUUCCCAAGGGGCUGAUUUGCUGGGGAUCUUUCAUGGGAUCCUUUUCAAUCUACCAGGAUCUAGACGAGCAGAAUUCAUCUUAUCUUGUUGGAAAGAAGGCAAGUGUAAAGGUCAGAGAUGAAGUAGAAAAGCAGUGGAAUAGAGUGGAAAGGAUGCCAGGUGUGAAAUGGAAAUAGACAAGCCAGAGUACCCCUAAAGCAAGACGAGCAGGAGGUCUGAGAAGUGCCCCAAGGAACAAAGCAACGAUUUCCUCCUACAACCUUUGUAUCCAAAGACUCUGUUGUGGAAGGAAAGCAGGCUUCGGUGCACUUUAUGUGGGAGAAGGAGGAGCAGGACUGGUGUUGCCCAGUCCGUGCCAAUAUUAGGUAUGUAGGCGGACAAGAACAUACACCUACGGUUGUUUCCAACACAAUGAAGUAACUUUUUUUUUUUUCCUGAAGGACCCAUGGUUUCUGUUCCUCUGACUCCUUCUCUCUUCCUCGAAGCGCCCUGAGAGAGAUGGGGGUAGAUGUUUCUGUUGCUACUAAAUUGAAGGGAGCACUACUUCUUUUUCUCUCGUGUUAGUAAUAAUUGCAAAAAAGCUUUGUGCGUUCUUUCUAAGAAAAAGCAAAAAAACAAACAAAAAAAUUUAUAACCCCACCAAAACAAGGGACCUAAUAAAACUGAGCAGUGUUACUGUAUUUUUAAAAAAAUAUUUUUGUAGACUCAUUUUCAGGUUAUUAAACAUAAAAGAAACAUAUCCCUCUUUUUUUAAAGUAGUUAAAACAUCGAUGAUUUUUAUUGUCAGUUUUUAGACGUAAUUUCCUAGUAAGCUUGUGGCAUUAGAAAAAUAGAUUAAUUUUUUUAGUGAAAUUAGUUGGAACAUUUAUUAAUGAACAUAACAAAUAUUUUUCCAGAGUUAAAUAUGGACCUUGACUAUGUGUUUACUAAUAAUAAAUGAAGCCAGAUAGAAUUUUUUUUUUUAAGGUCAUAAAAUAUGGCCUUUGUUAAAGAACACUAAAGCUAGAAAUCUAAAGUAAGAACAACUUUUUAAAGGCUAUUUCCUAUUAUUGUUUGUGUUUAAAGCCCUGCAGAAUUCAUGAUAAGGUGCUAUUUAUACUAUAUUUCUUAUUAUAAAACAACUGCCAGAAUAUCUUGUCUUUUUAGUCCUAAGUCAAUCAAUAGAUGUCAACAUUUUAUCCAAUAAUUUUGCAGAGAAAAGGCAUAUUAAAAAUUGAAAUAAAAAAUAAUUUCAGAGUUCUUUCUUUUAAGAUAUUGUAUUUAGGAUGUGAAAUGCCAUUUCUUUCAUGGACUAUUCAACACAGCGUAAAACAUUUAGUCUCCUGGGGGUACUGCUGACUCCAGCGUGGGAGAAAAGCUCUCUGUGGAGGAAGGUUAUCUGGAUUGAGAGAAUGCAACAUUCAUGAACAAUAAAAGCUGUUAAAAGGAAAUUGUAGAUUAACUUAAUUGGGAAAAUAGGUGAUUGACAGAGACUGUUUCCCUAACACACUACAGCAUUUAUGUGUUAGUACUUUAAUUUAAAAAAAAUUAUUUCUACUUUUUGUAGUAUGACAUAUGUGUGUUUAUUUUUAAUUUAGAUUGCUAUGCAUACAGAAAGUAUGCAGAAAAAUCAGUCAGUCAGAUCAAACCAUUUUACCUGGAGUUUGGUACUGGUUUUUACUUCUCUGAUUCUGUAUAAGAAAAAUAAAUACAAUUGAAUUUCCA